UGGCAACACUGUCCAGACCACAACAACACACAGCCUCUCACAACCUACCUUAUUUAACCUUGUUUUACGGCCUAGUGUGGCUCCGGGUGUGGCUCCAGAGGUGUGGCUCCAGAGGUGUGGCUCCAGAGGUGUGACUUCAGAGUGACUGUGAAGGAUGAUACACGACAGUGAAACAACUACAGUGACUGUACAGUGACUCCAGUUUUGUAUUUUACAAGAACUUAAGAAGGCUUAUAAAAACUACAACUUAUCCAGAAGGUGGAGACAACAUACGCAGAUUGAUGGUCUGCUCAAGCCCUCACUGGUUCACCAAGAAGUAGAUCCAAGGUGCUCCAAGCUACUCACACUGUAGGGAAACAAACUUACCUGAAAUAAAUCUUACGCUGGUGAUUUCUGUGGCUUUCAGUGUGCCCACAGUUGUGCGUUUUCCAGAUUAAAUCUUCACAAGAAGCAGUAAAUCUGUGUGGGUCAUUUAACUCUAUGAGUGAGAGGGAGCUGUGACUCUCCUGUUUUGCCAUCUAAACUCUUAAUUAAUCCUGAGCAAUAUGAGAGAAAAAUGAUUUAUCAAAGAACAGACUGAAAGACUUGAGUAAUGAACUGAAACUUAAGUGGCAUUGCUUAAAGGUAUGUGAAAUGGAGGUGUAGUUGCAAGGAAUAUUGUGAUUCAUUUGCAAGAUUGUGAAUUCUUGUGCUCAGUCAGUGAGUGAUAAUUCCCCGAGACAUGCUGGAACAGGGUGUGUGUGGUAAGGUGAUAAGUCUUUAUUGCAUGCAAUUUGUCUUUCCCGACACACGCCUCUUUCACAGAUUUUCGAGCUGACCUCUGUGUGGGUGUCAUAAAUAAUGAGAGAAGACAUGUUUAGGUGUGAAGAGUGUGGUAAACAGUUUGCUUAUAAGAACAAUACCAUCACCCAGAUGAUUGUGCACGGGGGAGAGGAUAAGUUUGCCUGUGAGGACUGUAGCGGCCUCCUGGCCACGCACCCAGCCCACCUUGGGGCUCACAUGCUGGUCCAGACCGGCGAUGGUGUAACUGCCGUCACCACCAUCCCGGACAAGAGGUUCGCCUGCGUCACUACCACAGCUGCCAUACCUACAGUGAUUGAAAAGAGGUAUGCCUGUGAGGUGUGUGCUAAGCUCUUCCCCAGGAAGAGCAGCCUGAACACCCACCGGCUGGUGCACAGCGGAGAAAAAAAGUAUGAGUGCGAAGAAUGUGGAAGUAGAUUCACUCGGAAAAGCAGCCUCAAUACUCACUCGAUCACACACACUGGAGAAAAGAAGUUUGAGUGCAAUGAGUGUGGUGGCUUGUUCACCAGAAAGAGCAGCCUCAACAUUCACCGGCUGGCUCACCGCGGUGAGAAGAAGUUUGAGUGCGACAAGUGUGGCAAACGAUUCACCAGGAAAAGCAGCCUCAACACCCACAUGUUGAUGCACAGUGGCGAGAAGAAGUUUGAAUGUGAGGAAUGUGGCACAAUGUUCACCAGGAAGAGCAGUCUGAACACGCACAUGCUGGUUCACAAUGGUGAGUAGAUCUCCAAGACUGUGGCAGUCAUGAACCCACUGUAGACCAGGAUUCCCGCAGUUCAACUGCCAGAGAAAAGCUGUAAGAGAAAUAACUACAUAGGAAGCAAUAAAAUGAGUCCCAGUGAAUAUAAACAUUGAAUGUUGUGGAUGUUAUAUCACGCCAACACUGCAACUGUAAUGCAGUAUGCGCAUUGCCAUUAAUGUUAUAAUUUGUAACAAAACUUUGGGGCUGACACAUAGUGUGUGUGUGUAUGGUACACACUUGGUGUAUGUAUGGUACACAUGGUACAUGUACAGUAUACAGGUGGUGUGUGUAUAGUGUGUACACAUCGUGUGUGUGCCAUACACACACACACAUGUGGUAACAUGUUCUUUUCAUGUAACUGCAUUAUUUAUGUGGUUUAGAGCUAAUGAGAAACGUUACACUGCCAUUUGUGCGAGAGAAGUGUUGUAUUGUGUACGAUGGCAGGUGUUGCCCACGUUAUGGUAGACAAGCACGGUGCAAAGCAAACCUUGUUUUCAUAACCCAGGUUGUGUUCUUUGUAGAGCUUUACUAUCACUUUAUGAAGCUCUACUUAGAGCAAAACACCUCAAAAAAAACUUUAUAACUGGAAUAGUUUCUGAAAACCAAAAAAGGAAUAUUUAGAGGCUGUGGAUGUCUUUAUUAAUGGCUGUGUUUUGCACACAGGAGUGGUCUAGGGGUAGGGUCACUGCAAAGGGGCAAUGGCCCUACCUCUAGACCACCAUGACUUUUAUUUUUGCAAAAAAACGUAAAAAAAUCUGUCCUACAAGGAGAGGUUAAGAGAACCCGACCUGACGACACUGGAGGACAGGGAGGACAGGAAGACAGGGAGGACAGGAGGGGCAGGGAGGACAGGAGGGCAGGGAGGACAGGAGAGACAGGGAGGACAGGAGAGACAGGGAGGACAGGAGGGGCAGGGAGGACAGGAGGGGCAGGGAGUACAGGGGAGACAUGAUAACACAUAAAAUACUGAGAGAAACCGACAAGGUAGACAGAGACAGGAUGUUCAUGAAUCACAUUUGCUUGGAGGUUUUAGUAUAGGCAGUGAUAAUGUAUGAGUGAGGUGCAAGUGUUGAAUGAUGACGAAAGUAUUUUCUUUUCGGGUCACCCUGCCUCGGUGGGAGACGGCUGACGUGUUGAAAAAAAAAAAGGCAAUGUUGUUGAACAGUUUGCUUAAUCUGGAAAUCUGAGGCUGUUACUAAAUACAUAAAGCCUAUAAAGCUUGACUAACAAUUCAAGCUUAUUGUAUAUGUAAUUGAACAUUAUGGAUUUGGAAUCUUUUACUAUCAGUGAUUAGUGAGAUAAUUACAUUAUAAUAAAUAUAAUUUAAUAAU